GUGGUCAGAGGAAAGACUUUCAUGCUUUGGCGUACACACAAUUAGGAUGUUAAAAGAAAAAAGUAGCGUUGAAAGAUGUCUUUUACCUUUUUACUAUAAGUUUUAUUUAAAUUUCUACUGAACUUGUUCGAUCAUUACGCGGUUAAUACUAAAAUAGAGUGCUGAAAUAUGAUUUUUCUUAUUGUCUGUCUUUCGCUUUACUUAUCCACUUGUGAAGCCACUAAUAAAGACUUCAUUGUCGUUCCAGUGUCGACAAGUCCUGUGGUUCAGCUUUGGCUAUUACCUGAAUUCCCAAAUGCCUUGUAUGAAUCAAAGAAACAAAUUUACUCUCGAGUUACAGUAAACGACGUUGCAAGAGGCAUAGGGGAAAAUCUCACCGAAACUAUCAGGAAAUCAGUUAAAACUCUGUUUCGAAUGGCUGCUGCAGCUCAAGUCUCGGAAACCUUAAAAAUAGAGCAAGUGAGUGAAAGCAAAUGGUCGUAUCGUAUUCCUGUGUCAAAAUUGCUCGAGUCUAAUCAAAGCAUUAACAACCUAACUGAGAACACAGAAAUCUUUAAAAUACAAGAGGUGGCAAUGAAGGUUCUCAGCAAGAAAUACGGAUUCAAUACGAAUUUUAUCCUGAAAAAGCUUUGUUUGAGUUUAAUGGAUUUUUAUGCUGCGGAUGAAGAACAAUGGAUUAAAAUUGUUGGUAUUAUCACUAAAAUUGUCAUCCGAAAUAUAACGAACAAACUGAACUUGACACCAUGUUACCUUGCUGAACUUAUAGGAAAAACGGAAAAAGAAAUGGAAGUAUUUACAUUGAAUGAUAUUGACAAAUAUUUAAACAGUACUAAGUUGAUUAAGAAAUUGUCAUUGUAUAAGGAAAAUACAAUGCAUAACUUUUAUGAAGAAGUCCAAAUUACGCCCAUUCAAAUAGCUGAAUUGAGCAACAAGAGCGUUACAGAAAUAAAAAAUCUAGGAGUCAAAGACAGUAUUCAACAUUUUACCAAAACCGUUUUAGGCAGCUUAAAUCUUUCUAAAGAGCAAUUGAAACGUUUUGAAAACAAAACAGUUUGUCCUCAUCAGUGGGAGUCAUAUAAAAAGCUAAUGAUCAUUGGAGCAUUUGACAACAAAGCAAAGGAAAUGUCAAUCUUACCUAAAUCACUAGCAAAAGCAAUGAGAAUUUCAUACCGUAGUAUACGACAACUUCCAUUACUGGAAAUGAUACAACUUAUUAAUGGAACUAUCAACCAAUUACAACAAGACAAACAAAAGAUUGAAAAGUUAACGUUGUCCAUGUUAAAGGAAAUGUACAGUGAUAAUGUUCUCAAUAUUAAAAAGCACAACUCGUUGUCUAUUAUUAAACAUGUUACUCAUCUGAGAAAACGACAAUUAAGAUUCUUUUACGGAUGGAAAAAAAAUGAUCAUAAUUUUGAAAGAUUGUUUACCGUAAAAGAUCUUGGAAAUGAGUGCUCUUUUGAUGUUAACAAGAAAACAUUAAGUUCGUUGGCCAAAUUGAACGUCGGUGAAAGAAGCAAAAAGAUAAAUUGUACUAAGUUUUACGUGUUGAAAAUGGUAUGGAAUCAAGCAAGUCUUGAUGAUUUGGCCAAAUUAUAUUCACCCAAAAAAACCAUCGCAAUAGAUGAGCCUCUUGCUUCAGUAAUGGCAAACUUAACAAAUUCAUCAUUGCAUUUGAACACAAGAGUAUUGAGUCGUGAUCCAAUCACUCAAUGGCUAUUAGAAAAGCUUACACUGACUAAUAUCUCACAUUUGACCAGUUACACUCUGAUCAACUUGCAAGAAAUUCCAAUAACAAGAAUCGCUUUUCUCAUCAGUCAACUGAUAAUUAAUGGUUCACUUGAUCAACUAUUAGAGGUCUACCAAGCUACUAGCUACCCUACAGCCACCACUACGGAUAUGAAAAAUCCAAAUUACAAGUUAGAAGAAGUCACAUCUGAUGCUUUGGAUUAUAAAGAACCAACAGUCCAUCAACUGGUAAUCCAUGAAUCAGUUGAUCAAAAAGUGAAGGUCUACAACACUACCAGCUACUCUACGGCUACCACCACAAAUAUGAAGCCCACAAAUUAUCGAUUUGAGGAAGUUGCUUCUAACGCUUUUAAUUAUAAAAAACCAACAGCCCGUCCACGUUCAUUCGCAAAAAAUCACCGAUCAGAUUUAGAUGUGAACGAAAAUAAUGAUCAAGUUUAACCAAAAGAGAUUCAUCGUCAAUACCUGGGUAAUGUUGCAAUGGCUAACUUGUCUUGUAGCAACUACAUCUCCAAGUUAUCUUAUUCCUGUUACGAUUAACCCCCUUGUUCAAGACCUGGAAAUAUUAAAAGAUGAAAAAAUAAAUAGUUUUUACGAAGGAGAUAAAACAUUUUUCUCUAAAGUGACACCUUUGGACGCUUCUAGAUCUUCUGGAGAACCAGUUAAAGAUACAAUACAAAAAAAAAUAAAUGUAGUUUUUUUUACAGUUGUAUCAGCUCAUGUUUCUAAAACAAUGAAACUGAGCGAUCUCAAAUAUACGAAAAUGAGUAAAUGGUCGUACUCCGUUGAUGAGCAAAGUAUUUUGGCUGCAUCUGAUGGGAAUUUGACGUCAAUCGAUAGUAAUACAACGAUUUGUGAUAUCCAGAAGUAUGCUAUGAAAGUUUUGGAGAGAAAAUACAAAUUUAACACAAGUGAAAUAUUGCGCAAACUAAACUAUGAUUUAUCAGAUUAUUAUGCCGUUGAUGAAAAAGAGUGGACAUACGUGGUUGGGAUCAUUGUUCAAAGUGUUCUCGAACAUAGAACAAACACUUUGCAGUUAACCAAAUGCCACUUAGCUGAAAUGAUAAAUACGAGUGUGACUAAAAUGGAAGAAUUCACAUUGAAUGAAACUGACACUUAUAUAUACAACACAACAAUGUUGCUUGAAAAACUCACAAAUUACAAAGAAAUUGUGUUAAAUCAACUUUACAAAACAUUUGAAUUAUCUGAAGCAGAGUUUACAGAAGUCACCAAAACUAACAUUUCUCGUGUGAAAUCCAUGACAUUAAACAAUAUACUCAAGCUUUUCACUAAAAGUGUUCUUCAGAAACUUUUCGUCACUGAGAAUGAAGUUGUAGCAAGAAACCACAUUUUUUCUCAACAGAUGCUACUCUCAUGCCCUGAUAGAUGGCAUCCAUUUAUUAGCAUCGUUGUUAAUGAAUCAUUUCACAAUGCAGCGGAAAAAAUGUCUAUAGAUGUUGACGCACUUUCGUCUCUUAUCAACAAGUCUUAUUCCGUAGUGCAAAACUAUAGCGUCAAUGAAAUGAUCAAUUUGCUGGAAAAAACAAUCAUUCGUUUAUCAAAUGACAAAAAAAUCCUUGAGACAUUACCAUUACAAAGAGUUAUUGAGCAGCUUGGUUCACUUGGUUCAAUUAAUGUCGGAGAAAAAGAUGUAUUUGAGGUUAUCUACCGGCUUACCAACUUUACUGAAAAUCAGUUGACUGUUUUGUUCAAUUGGUCAAUUAGCGAUUAUCUCUUUUCUGCUAAAUUUACCCUUAAUGAUGUGAAUAUGGUUUGCAAAGUUGAUUCCAUGAAAACAGAACUUCUGACUUUGGCUACUUUCACAGUUGGUUCAACAAACAACUCAUGUAAUUCAUUUACUAUUUUACGAAGAAUAUCAGAAGGACACUCCGUUAGCUAUUUGGAAAACAAGUACUCUUCUAAAGAACUGUUAUUGAAUAUUUCAGUUUCUCAGUUGAUUAAUCAGCUCACUAGAGUACCAUCAAACAUAAGCCACCGUGUUCUUAAUGUCUCUGGGGAAGCCGAGAGUCUUAUUUCAAGUUUCACUUUAAAUGAUAUAAUUGCAGCGUCAAUGUAUCAGAGUUCGCACUUGAAAUCAUUGUCUUUUCAAGCUAUUAUUGACAUCAUGGUUGAAUUGUAUAACAAUGGAUCAUUUCAUCAAAAUGUGAAAUCGAGGAAACCUUCAAGAUCGAUGGAACUGUUUACGACAACCAUUGAAAAGUUGAUCCCAACUCAAAUUCGUCCAAGUGUGAGGUCAACUAUUCUCGAUUCUGGUAAACUAAAUGCAAAGUGUCAACCGUCAUGUAGGGCUGAAGAAUUUUGCGUUGUCAGAAGUGAUAAAUUUCCCAUUUGCCAAGCUACAAAGAACCUCGAAGGAAGCUUCAGAAUCAUAAACGGUGUUAAUUUCACAAAACACUUAGAAGACCGGAAUUCUGAUGUCUUUAGAAACAUGGCUGCCCAGAUAGAAAACAUGGUUGAUGUCAUUUAUGAAACCUCUUUAUAUUCAACAGUUUACCUUGGAGUAAACAUUUUACGUUUUGAGAAAGGGAGUGUCAUCGUUCAUUUUAAACUUUCCUUUGAGAACGCAAUAGAAAUAAACGAUAGCACUAUAAAUGAUAUCACUGAAGUAUUGAAAAACGCCGAAGAUAGAAACUUCACAAUUGACAAAAACAGCACGAUAAUCAAUGAUUUUGAUGAAUGUUCUUCUGGGCUACCACUAAAAUGUCAUGAAACAGAAAAUUGCCAUAAUACAUUAGGAUCCUACAAUUGUAGCUGUCGUAAAUCAACAGGUGGAAAUGGGAUUGUUUGUGAAGCCAUUAAUUCAUCACGAGAUAAAGAUAAAGAUGAUUUUCCAUGGAUUAUAGUAAUAGGUAUCAUGGUUGCUUUAAUAAUAUUUCUACUUUUCGUGAUGAUCUACAGAGAGAGAAAACACAGAAAGAAUAACAGACAAAAAACGUUAAAGAUUAGAGAGCACAACGGUGAUACUAACAUGUAUCCUCAUCAAACGUCACAACUUGCUCAAACUCCAGAAUCAGUUACAGGUAUUUUUGAUGGUCUGGGAAUUAUUAAUCGUUAUGGAUCCCAACCACACAUGGUUUCAUUUAACCCUACAACUGAAGAUAAGAAGAGGUGGAGACAGCCACAGAUAUUCGAGUACAGUCUCUGAGCAAAAUGGCCACACAAACAUGUAAAUGGUUCAGAUUUUUUACAUUUUAGCAUAAAUGAUUCUUAUUUUUGAGCAAACUAUUGCAGUAUAUAGAACCUGUUGCUAUAAAUUAUUAAAGAAACAAAAAAUUGUUAAUAUGUAUGAGCCAUGGACAGGCUUAUGAAAACCGAGGAGACCUUUGAAAUUAACACUAUGGUUCAAUAAACAAAUGGGCUACUGAACUUUAAAAAAUAAUAAUUUUCCUUGUAGCUCUAAUAAUUAAUUUAUCAUCAUGCAUCAAUAUUAUUCUGAGAUAACAGGGAAACUUAAUUAUUAACUGUAAAUACGAAAACGUCUGACAGACAGGUUUUUUCAGGAUGUACUUUGCGCAUCCAUUGAUGAUGCAAUUAUGCAAAUGCAAUAAAUUUAUCAUACUAUAAAUCAUAACUGACAUUUCUUUGGACCUGUCCUUUUUCAAAAUUGACAAAAUCACAGUUUUAGCUCGUUAUUAAAUAAAGUAGUAUAAAGCAAAAGCAGUUUGAAGCUUUAAAAUAAAGUAUUUACUUCCUUGUUAAAUAGAGCAUUAAACAAUAA